GAAAUUGACACCAACAACAACCGUUUCAAGGUUGAAGUAAUCAUCAGGGGGUCUCUGUUCUUCAACUUCACAGAUUCUAAACCCUAAAAACCCCUGUUCAAAAACCCCCAAAUUCAAUACCCACUUCAUAGUUCUUUCACACACCAAUCCACCAUCAUGAACACAACACUCCUCAAACCACCACUUUUCACCCAUCAUCGCCCCUUCACCCCUUCAACAAUUUCAAAACGUUUUACCCCAAUUCGAGACCAUAAGAACCCAAAUUCACAAUCCAAACAUAAGCUUCAGAUCUCAUUAACCCCCAAUGUGUUCAAAACCAGAGUUUACCCAACAAAUUCCGUCAACAAUGAACCCGGAUUAGAUUCGUCAAAAACAGAGUAUUUUGAGAAGCUUGCAGGUGUAAUGAGAUGUGGGUUUGUUGUGGGUGUGUUGGUUUUUGGGGUAAUUAGAUGUCGAAGGGCUCUCGCUAUGGAUAUUGGUCAAAAGGGUGUGGUUGGUUUGAAGGAUUUUGUGAAUGGGCCUAAGUUUCCGCAGAUUGUUAGGGUUUUUAGAGAGCAAGGUUUGAUUUUGGCUGCACUUUUGGGAUUAUCUGCUUUCUUUUCAAUGGCUGAAACUUCAAUUACUACUCUUUCACCCUGGAAGGUGAGAGAACUAGCAGAAAAGGAAGGAGAAAAUGGCGUAUUCAAGCUGCUUCGUACAGACAUCACUCGUUUCCUCACCACCAUCCUCAUUGGCACAACUGUGGUCAACAUUGGAGCUACUGCACUCUUCACUGAAGCCGCAACAACAGUUUUCGGUGAAGCCGGUGUUAGUGCAGCAACCGGUGUUAUGACGGUUGUUGUGUUACUUCUCACCGAGAUUACUCCCAAAAGUAUAGCUGUUCAUAACGCUACAGCCGUUGCUAGAGCUGUGGUCCGUCCGGUUGCUUGGCUUUCGGUGGUUUUAUAUCCGAUUGGAAGAGUUGUAACGUAUUUUUCAAUGGGAAUGCUUAAAAUUCUUGGUUUGAAAGGGAAAAGUGAACCAUCUGUCACUGAAGAUGAACUCAAGUUAAUGUUAAGGGUUGCAGAGUUGAGCGGGGCCAUUGAGGAGGAAGAACAGGAUAUGAUUGAGAAUGUGUUGGAAAUAAAAGACACCCAUGUGAAGGAGGUUAUGACGCCGCUUGUGGAUGUAGUUGCAGUUGAUUCGACUGCAACGUUAGUUGAUUUCCACCACUUAUGGGUAACUCAUCAAUAUUCUAGGGUGCCGGUGUUUGAGCAGCGAAUUGAUAAUAUCGUGGGUGUAGCUUACGCAAUGGAUUUGUUAGAACUUAUUAAGAAAGGAGAUAUGCUUGAAACUGCAGUUGUGGGAGAUAUGGCUCACAAGCCUGCAUAUUUCGUUCCUGAUUCAAUGUUAGUCUGGAAUCUUCUGAGGGAAUUCCGUAUUAGGAAAGUUCACAUGGCUGUUGUUCUUAAUGAAUACGGAGGAACCGUCGGUAUUGUAACCCUUGAAGAUGUUGUUGAGGAAAUUGUUGGUGAAAUUUUUGAUGAGAAUGACUCAAAGGAGGAAAUCGAGAGAAAAACCGGGAAUAUUGUAAAGCGGGCAGAGGGAGUGUUUGAUGUCGACGCGAAUACAUCAAUUUACCAACUUUCUGAAGAUUUAGAUAUCUUGUUGCCCGAGGAUCACCAAUACGAGACGGUUUCAGGUUUCAUUUGUGAAGCAUUCGGAUACAUACCGAGAACAGGUGAAAGUAUUAAAGUAGUUUUAAAAAAGGCAAAUGAAGAAGAUAAUGAUGGUGAGAAUAAACACGAAACGGAUGGUCAAGAUGAAAAAGAUAGAUCUCAAACAUUCAAGCUCGGGAUAUUAGCGGGAAAUUGUAGAAAAGUUAAUACGGUGAGAUUUGAAAGAAUAAACAACAACUCAGCCAAAGAAAUCAAAGAAGCCGCUCGGCUCAUGCCCAGAUUUUGGAAAAAGAAAUUGAAAAACGAUGAAAAUUCAGGCAGUGGCGAUAUCUUGUUAGAAGAAAGCAAACAAUAACCAAGGUCGUUUCGGUUCUGCUUGCUUGGUGUAUAAAUUAAGUCCAAGAGAUGAUGCAGAAUCUUGAACAUUUGGUCUUGUCAGUGAUCGAACCAGUGGCUCAUAACGGUUGGUUUGACUAGUUUGACUCGUAGUUUCAGGCUUAGAGAACAGCUUCAAUAGCUCCAUUUCUUGUCGCUUUUCCCUCAUUUUCUGUAGCUGCCGAAAUCUUUCUUGCAGGAGAGCUAUAGAAGAACCGCCACCGCCACCGCCACUGCUGCUGCGGCCGCCAUCUUGUCUUUCAGUGGAUUGAAGAACCAUUACUAAUCUUUGUGUCAACUCUAUUGAUCAUAUGGUUAUGUGAGUCUUAUAUUAUAACAUAGGUGUACAUAAUAGUAAUAUUUUGAAGUGUAAGCCUACCUUUGUUGAUUCCGGGUGACCUAAGUGGGGCCCGGGAACGACAGUCCGAGCACAAGAUCCAAGGAGAAAGGAUAUUUAUGAGAACAAAAGGACUUUUUGAGUGAUAACAAGAGCAUUUGGAAUGUUGUUUUUGUGAGAAUAUAAGGUUAGGUUUGAUAUUGUGGUCUA